GCGCGAGUUCCCUGCUGACUAAUAGCCAAUCAAAACGCGACUACUGCUUCUUGAAAACAUGUCGCCCAUGAAGCUGUGUGUUCCAGGUGAAAGGCUCUGCAGCACGGAGGACUGUAUCCCAGGCACCGGCACCUAUCUGCGGCACGGCUACAUCUUCGCUUCGCUCGCCGGAUACGUGCUGAGAAAGAACGAGGGAGAGGAGCUCCCGGUGAUUUCAGUCGUUAGGGAGACCGAAACACAACUUCUGCCUGACGUGGGUGCCAUCGUCACCUGUAAGGUGACCAGUAUCAACCCACGGUUUGCUAAAGUCCACAUCUUAUAUGUGGGUUCGACACCACUGAAAGACCGGUUUAGAGGCACUAUCAGAAGAGAAGACGUAAGAGCGACAGAAAAAGAUAAGGUGGAGACGCACAAAAGCUUCAGGCCAGGCGACAUUGUCCUAGCAAAAGUUAUCUCUUUGGGCGAUGUGCAGUCGAACUACCUGCUGACCACAGCGGAGAACGAGCUGGGUGUCGUCGUGGCCCACAGCGAGGCCGGGGCUCAGAUGGUGCCCAUCAGCUGGUGUGAGAUGCAAUGUCCACGCACACACGCCAAAGAGUUUCGCAAGGUGGCGCGGGUACAGCCGGAGUACCUGCAGGCCUGAGCCACGCCCUUAGACCACACCCACUGGAACACACAGCUUCAAAGACACGCCCCCUCACAUAGAACUCUCAGCCCAGGAACAUUCCGUUUGGAAUUCUGUAUGAAUCUGGACUGUUACAUUCCACACUGCCUGUGAAUGCACACUAUGAACUGAAUACUGCACGAGUAUCACAUAACCAUAGUCUGAAUGUAGUUGCAUUACUAAGCAGGAUUCUGGCAUUCCUGAUGCUCUGACACACCUGUGAUUGUCUUGCAGUGCUUUUGAAAACUCUGAAACAUGAGUGUGGAAUGUCAUUUAGUUGAUUGACUUUCACUUUAAAUGUUUCUAGACGUUUAAAGCAGAGAGAGGAUCAAUCUAUGGGUGAAUCUCUGUAAACUUUGCUACUUGGUCACAUUUCAUCACAAAAUCUAAAGGAAAAAUAAGAAAUUACAUUUUGUGUAAAGCAGCUUAAGGACCAUUGAUGUUGUGUAGUAUAAAUGGAGCUUCAAAACCAAAGGCUUCCAAAAGUGGAAAACUGGAAUUGUAAUAUUAUUACAGUCACAUUCCCGGUCACAACAGGAUUUGAAGUUUCUAGAGCAAUAACAUUUGGCAGCACUGUUUUCUAACUCUUUAAAACACAUGAACCACAAAAAAUAGUUACCCAGAGAUGAAUUGACCUUUAUCUUGCUGCUUACAGUCAGAACUUCUGGAAAUGUCUUAUUUGACACCUUUUCCUUGUUCUGUCUUUUUGUCUGGAACUGUUUUGAAAGGUUGUGUGUUUACAAGAAAAAAAAUAGUGUUUCACAUCACAAGUUCA